AUGGGCUCUAGGACGCGCUGCAGAACCGGACGAUCUCCGAAAACACGGCUAUUCUGUGGUUUCGAGUGGGAACAUUCCCAUGACGGAAUCGAGCCCUGUUCCGACGCCCAUUGGCGAGGACUCCCAGCAUGGAUCGACGACUACGCUCGUGCAGCUAAGAACGCUAUCGCUGCGGGAUUUGAUGGCGUCGAGAUUCACGGAGCGAAUGGCUACUUGCGUGAUCAGUUCCUCCAAGACACCGCCAACAACCGAGACGACCAAUGGGGUGGCAGCGUGGACAAACGGUCUCGUUUUGGCCUAGAAGUUGCUAAUGCCGUUACUGAUGCCGUUGGUCCGGAAAGAACGGGAUACCGCAUCAGCCCAUGGAGUGCAAUUCAAGCAAUGCACAUGAAGGGUUUGAAUCAACAAUUCACCCAUUUCGUUCAAGGUCUGAGCAAAUUGAAUUUGACGUACUUGCAUGUCGUCGAGCCACGGAUCUCAGGGAGCCUCACGAUUGAAGCAGAGGAUGAGGAUGAUUCGUUUGUGUUCGAUGCUUCCGGGAACUCAGGGACGAUCAUUCUCGCCAGGGGGUUCACCGCACACUCGGCGGAAAAGAAAAUCAAAAGUCGCCCAACCCAUCACGUCGUCACCAUAGCCUUUGGGCGCCAAUUCCUGGCAAACCCUGACUUGCCUUUCCGCCUUUCCAAGGGCCUUCCUCUCAACCAAUACGAUAGGGAAACAUUUUACACGCCAAAGUCACCUGUGGGAUACGUUGAUUACCAAUUUAGUUCGGAAUUUGCGACUGAGAGCUACUAA